AAUUCAAGAAAAAUGGCAGCUGUUAUCAAAUUUUGCUUCACAAUUUUCUUCGUUUAAAGUUAGAUCUAGGCUCUAGAUCUAGAAUCUAGAUCUAUUGUCAUUUCUGUAACCUAUAGCAUACUAUUACUUUACAGUUAUACUCAAUAUACUGAGCUAGCUAGGGCGACCUGUGAAGUUCGAAAUCUUCAAUGAUUUGACUCAAGAUUAGCCUUGAUGCAGGUGAAGAAUUAAUUUGAUAUCAAGUAAAAAUAUGACAAUCCUUAAGUGAAUAAGUGAAUUAAGCAAAAUUUACCGAAAUAAAAGUACCAAGGAAACUAAAUUUGAGAAGCCCCAAGAUUUACAAUAUUUAAUAUGGCCAAUGAUCUGAAGAUAGCUGUUGUUUGUUCAAGUAACCAAAACCGAAGCAUGGAGGCACAUAGCUUUUUGAGUAAAAAAGGCUUUACUGUCAAGUCUUUUGGAACUGGCAAUAUGGUGAAACUUCCUGGCCCAGCUCCUGACAAGCCUAACAUUUAUGACUUCAGCAUUACCUAUGAUGCCAUGUACAGGGAUCUCAUGCAGAAAGACUAUGAAUUAUACACACAGAAUGGAAUCCUGCAUAUGUUAGAUAGAAACAGGAGAAUCAAGGCAAACCCCGAACGUUUUCAGUUGUCUAAAGAUCAAUUUGACCUGAUCAUCACAUGUGAGGAACGUGUUUAUGACCAGGUUUUAGAAGAUUUUGAAACUCGAGAUAGAAACGAUGAGCAAGCUGUACACAUUAUAAACAUUGAUAUUCAAGAUAAUCAUGAGGAGGCCACAAUAGGAGCUUUUAUGAUAUGUGAGCUUGUUACAAUGCUGAAUGCAUCUGAAGACCUGGACAAUGAAAUUGAUGAAAUACUUCAAGAUUUUGAGCAAAAAGUCAACAGACCUGUACUGCAUACAGUCCAGUUUUAUUAAGUGAUAACUUGUUCUGUACAAUUGUUACUAGCUGUGUCUAACUAAACUGUCUAGUUGUAUUUGAUUCUGUACAAUUGUUACUGUGUCUGUCUAGUUGUAUUUGAAUCAGUGCAAUUGUUACAUGCUGUGUCUGUCUAGUUGUAUUUGAAUCAGUGCAAUUGUUACAUGCUGUGUCUGUCUAGUUGUAUUUGAUUCUGUACAAUUGUUACAUGCUGUGUCUGUCUAGUUGUAUUUGAAUCAGUGCAAUUGUUACAUGCUGUGUCUGUCUAGUUGUAUUUGAAUCAGUACAAUUGUUACAUGCUGUGUCUGUCUAGUUGUAUUUGAAUCAGUACAAUUGUUACUAACUGUGUCUGUCUAGUUGUAUUUGAUUCAGUACAAUUGUUACUGUGUCAGUCUAUGUAUUUGAAUCAGUACAAUUGUUACUAACUGUGUCUGUCUAGUUGUAUUUGAAUCAGUACAAUUGUUACUGUGUCAGUCUAUGUAUUUGAAUCAGUACAAUUGUUACUAACUGUGUCUGUCUAGUUGUAUUUGAUUCAGUACAAUUGUUACUAACUGUGUCUGUCUAUUUGUAUUUGAAUCAGUACAAUUGUUACUGUGUCAGUCUAUGUAUUUGAAUCAGUACAAUUGUUACUAACUGUGUCUGUCUAGUUGUAUUUGAAUCAGUACAAUUGUUACUGUGUCAGUCUAUGUAUUUGAAUCAGUGCAAUUGUUACAUGCUGUGUCUGUCUAGUUGUAUUUGAUUCAGUACAAUUGUUACUAACUGUGUCUGUCUAGUUGUAUUUGAUUCUGUACAAUUGUUACUAACUGUGUCUGUCUAGUUGUAUUUGAUUCAGUACAAUUGUUACUAAUUGUGUCUGUCUAUUUGUAUUUGAAUCAGUGCAAUUGUUACUAACUGUGUCUGUUUAGUUGUAUUUGAUUCUGUACAAUUGUUACAUGCUGUGUCUGUCUAGUUGUAUUUGAUUCAGUACAAUUGUUACAUGCUGUGUCUGUCUAGUUGUAUUUGAUUCUGUACAAUUGUUACUAACUGUGUCUGUCUAGUUGUAUUUGAUUCUGUACAAUUGUUACAUGCUGUGUCUGUCUAGUUGUAUUUGAUUCAGUACAAUUGUUACUAAUUGUGUCUGUCUAUUUGUAUUUGAUUCAGUACAAUUGUUACAUGCUGUGUCUGUCUAGUUGUAUUUGAUUCAGUACAAUUGUUACAUGCUGUGUCUGUCUAGUUGUAUUUGAAUCAGUACAAUUGUUCCAAGCUAGUUUAAAUGCUGGGGAUAAUUGAGUGACCUUAGGCUGGGGACACUAAAUGUUAUGCGUUACCUAGUUAUGUACCUGAAAUGUAUUUUCAAUUGAUACCCUUUAUAAAAUGUAUACAUGUCCACAAAUCUUUAUAUUUAUUUUAUUAUUCUGAUUACAAUAUUGGAAUGUAAAACUGAUUAUUACAUGAAAAAAACUCAA